AAUUUUUUUACUAUCAACUUUUUCCCUCUCACUGGUCUCUGGUACAGUUUUGACUUUUUGUUAACAAUUUUGGAUUAACUAUGUGACUGCAUAUAAGUGGAGUAUUUUGGUACUCAAUUAGUUUCGCACUCCUCCCAUUAUAGAAAUGAGGAUGCCACGACGACAAUGUCCUGUAUAUUACCACAAGGUCUGAAGCCCUCUAAGUGACCGGUUCAACCUCUUAAUUCACGUGAUAUUUACAUGGAGUUAUAUGCAGUCGGUUUACAAAAAUUUUUCAAAACCCAAAACUACCAUAAUGAAAAAAAAUUAAAAUUUAUAUACUAUAAUUGUAUAAUACCAGUUUAACUUCUUUCAAAUACAUUAAAGAAUAGUCUGCUUACAGUUAUAGCUUAAAUCGUGAUUAUUCUAAAUAUAUACAAUUCAUAAUGAAAUACUUAGCUGCUUAUUUAUUAUUAGUCCAAGGUGGUAACGCUUCCCCAUCAACUUCUGAUAUUUCUACUUUAUUAGAAACCGUUGGUGUUGAAGCUGAAGAAUCAAGAAUCUCAAACUUAUUAGCUGAAUUAGAAGGUAAAGAUAUCAACACUUUAAUCUCAGAAGGUAAUGGUAAAUUAGCUUCUGUUCCAACCGGUGGUGCUGCUGUCUCUUCUGGUUCUGCUUCAUCUGGUGCUGCUGCCACUGAAGAAGCUGCUGAAGAAGAAGUUGAAGAAGCUAAAGAAGAAUCUGAUGAUGAUAUGGGUUUCGGUUUAUUCGAUUAAAUCUAAUGUUUCAAAACUGUAUUAAUACAUUUAAACCUCAUAUAAAUGAUAGGUUGUU